GAAGGAGGAAGAGAAAAGGUAGAAUGAGAGAAAAAGAUCCGUCGGAUCGCGAUGAAUUGAUCCACGACGGCCUUGCACUAGGAGAGUGCCUCGAGCGCGAGGGUGUCGGAAAAAUGACUCGGGGAUUCGAGAUCGAUCCGAAGAGCAGGUAGAACUCGCGUGAACGACGAGCGAAUAAUUCUCCGUGAUGGCUGCGGAGGAGAGACACGGAGCAGGUCCCGGGUGAGCCGGGAGUGCUCGAAAGUUUUCCGUCUCCCGUCACCUUCUCGCGGGCAGUUACUCGGGACGUCUCGAAGCGUUUCUAUUAUUCGGAGCGCCGCUCGGUCUCCCGAGUCAUUUGGCGGAUAUUUCGGAGCUACUCGUACUCUCUCUCGUCUCUCUCGUCUCUCUCGUCUCUCUCGUCUCUCUCUCUCUCUCUCUCUCUCUCUCUCUCUCUCUUUCUCUGCGUCUCUCCGCGAGCACCGCGUCGCGUGGUGCACCCGCACGCAGGGUUGAAGGGUAUUCGCCGACGGUGGCAUUUGCUUCGCGAGAAACGUCGGCUUCGUUUGAAGAUCCGGGCUCAAAGCACGCGCCGGUCCGCCCGCCUGCCCUUUCCCACCCGCGCGAGAGAGACCGCGCGCUUCGACUGCAUUGUAGUCGGGAAAAUGCACGCCCGAAUGCAGCGGCGCGUCCUUUAUCGGCGUGGGCGCGUCCUAUAUAGAGCUUUUCCGAGCGCUUCCAUGUUAUCGCUCGUGUUUGCGUCAUGGACUCGAAUUUCCAAUCCCUAAUCGAUUCGCGGCGUCGGACGGAAAUCUCGGGGAGAGACGCUGGCGUCUCUUUCUCUUCAGCGAUGCGCGCUCGCUAGCGAGCUCACGACGAUCGAACAGCGACGGCGAAGGGAGAGUUAGUGGUAGUAGAAACGUAGAACAGCAGGGACGAGAGAGAAUCGAGUCACUUCUAUUUUUUUACGCUCGGCCGGUCAGAGCGUGAGCGUCUCUAUUUUUUCACGCCUCGCGAAACUGUACUUUGCUCAAGAAAAACCGCGGGCAAGAGCCCGCAGAGAGUUAAGAUAGCCGAUGAUACCAAGCCGAGAGUUGUACGCGGCGUACCGCCGCCCUGACGACCCCCGUUCCGACGGGGUCGAGAUUGUAAGUCGGGAGUCGGGAAUCGAGAUCGGAGACGCGCGUGUUCGCCGCGCACGCACAGCGCGCGAAGAUGUCGACGCGCCGAAGAUCUCCUGCGGGGUCGUCCGGAAGAUGAGACACGACGUUAGCCGCGAUGUGUCGCAACCUAGUAGCGAGGAGCGACGGCGUUUCCCGGCGCGCCGCAGCUGCGGCGCAUCGAUCGUCGAUGCAUUUCGACGGCUCGAGCGCGCUUUCGGCGUCGAAGGGCCAAGGUCGGCCGCCGCUUGAUCGCGCGGAUUGUCGCACCUCAAUGCCCGCCGACGUCACACACAAGAUGCACGCAGGAUAUACAGGGUCGGGAUUGGAGAUAGACAAGAUGGACCAGCAGUAUUGCCUACGGUGGAACAAUCAUCCAGCCAACCUUACAGACGUUCUCAGCUCACUGCUUGAAAGAGAAGCACUCUGUGAUGUGACCCUGGCCUGUGUUGGAGACACAUUCAAAGCACACCAGACGAUACUCUCUGCAUGCAGUCCGUAUUUUGAGAGCAUUUUCCUACAGAACACCCAUCCCCAUCCAAUCAUAUUCCUCAAGGAUGUGAAUGACAAGGAGAUGAGGGCACUGCUGCACUUCAUGUACAAGGGCGAAGUUAACGUUAGUCAGCAUCUGCUACCGAUGUUCCUUAAAACAGCAGAGGCAUUGCAGAUCAGAGGCCUCACUGAUAAUAGUGUAAAUAACAAGACGGAGGAAAAGAGUCCGUCACCAGAGCCAGAAACACAAACCGGAGUCAGACAUACUGAUUCGCCUAACCUCCAGUCUCAUCCUGAGAAAAGGAAAAGAAAACUUUCAGGCAGCUACGAUGUUUCUCUUACUGGCCCACCUAGUGAACGGUUCUUAUCUGAUUCUCAGACAUCCUCGCAGUGUAGUUACAAAUCAAGUCCUCCUGUGAUUCCAAAGCUAAAUAAUGCCCUGGGAGUUGAUAUGGAAGAUGGUGGUCGACCCAUGUCCCCUGCAUCACAACCGCAGGCUCCUAUAAAACAAGAGGUGGAUCACCACUUGCCUGACUUCCAUGACAAUAUUUCCCUCCCUGGUCAUCCAGUUGGACUGAUAGGAGAAGACGGAGGACCGACGGCGGGUGCGCUCAGCGAUGGUGUUCAGGGGAUUGAGUCAUCUGAGCACCAUAAUCCACCGGAGAUGCUCGACGGACUUGAUGGAACAGCAAGGACUUACAAAAAAGAAAAGGAUAUAAGUAAAGACAGUCGCACUAAGUUAGAGCACCCACAGAGCACGAGGUGCGAGAUGUGCGGCAAGAGCGUGACCAACAUUAAAAAGCACAUGAAAUCGCACUUUCCCGAAAAGUACCAAUGCGAAAUCUGCAUGAUAUCGUUGACCAGGUCCGACAAUCUCAAAAGGCACAUGAAAUUGAAACACUCGUCUUUGGUGCCGAUCGUGCGCAUUCAGCACAAGCACAUCGUAGCGAAAGCGAAGUCGGGCUACUUUGCCUAACGGCGGCCGACUCGAGUCGCACGUCACACGCAACGUGCGCUACGUGCAAACUAACGCAAACCGCGGGUCGCAAAGGGUGUCCCCGCUGAAUUCUCUGGAUUCCACUCAUUCUCGGAUGAUCCGUCGUCCACGGAUGCUUGGAUCCUCCGAUUCCCCGCGGAUCUCUCGGGUACAUAAUUUAUUAUUUAUCGUAAUAUGGUGUAAGUCUGGUGGAAUUUGCGCGCGCGAGCGCGAGCGAGCGCACGUACUUGCUGAGGGAAAGAAUGCUGGCCGUUGAGCGUUGAGAGUGAUUGAGGAAAAAAGGUGCACCACAUCGUUCGCGAUGUCGUCCAGCGCGCGCAUGCACGAAGGACCUUCCACCUUCGACCUUCGUCGCGCCGUGCGAUUAAUCGCGUCGUAGAACGGUGUACGCUGUGCUGCGCGCGCGUCUUUUUCCGUACACAACCAUAAUAAUAUUUAUGCAGAUCUAUUUAUUCCCUCGUGCGCUUAUAGACUCUAAUAUUUAACUCUAACGAGUAAGACGCGGAGCCCGUUCUUCCGUCGCGAAGGAGCCGGGGCCUGCCCUUUAGGUUUACAUUGGUAAGCGGACUUUACGUCGAAUCAAGCGGCUGGAGAUCUCAGUGAAAGUAAUUUGAGUACAAAACUUUAUUCGUGUUCUACCUCCCCGUCGAUGGUCCGGUACGCGUAGAGAGAGAGAGAGAGAGAGAGAGAGAGAG